AUGGUUUGGUUAUUUGGUAUGACUCUUUUGAAUGUUUAUGGUGGAGAUACUGUAUUUUGUUUACGAGGUAUUCGAGCAUUAAAUUCAGUAGCACAUACAAAAAAAGAUUUAAAAGAAAUAAUAACAAAAACAUUAGAAAAGAAUACAUAUGCUCGACCACAUAUGAAUCAAUUAUUUCGUUAUCCAUGGUUUCGUGAUAGUCCAUGUUUUGAACGAAUUCAAAAACUUGUUCAUGUACAAACUGGUAAAUUUUUAAAUUUAUCUUAUGAAAGAUGA